CUCCAGUCAGCCUAGUCUCAACACCUGCCUAGAAAUCAAAUCACAUCAAAACCUUACUCCUCCACCUGUCAAAAUGCAGCUCACCAAAGCAGGCCUCUUCCUAGGCGCGCUGAUCGCCGGCGCGGCUGCCCAGGGUGUCGGUACGCAGACGGCCGAGAACCAUCCCAAGAUGACGUGGAAAAAGUGCACAGGCAAGGCAUCCUGCACUACCGUCAACGGAGAGGUGGUCAUCGACGCCAACUGGCGCUGGCUGCACGACAGCAACAGCAAGAACUGCUACGACGGAAACAAGUGGACCGACUCUUGCAAGACGGCUAGCGACUGCGCCACAAAGUGCUCGCUAGAGGGCGCAGACUACAGCAAGACGUACGGAGCCUCGACGAGCGGCGAUGCCUUGUCGCUCAAGUUUGUCACCAAGCAUGACUACGGUACCAACAUUGGUAGUCGGUUUUAUCUCAUGAAUGGAUCUUCCAAGUAUCAGAUGUUUACUCUGAUGGGAAAUGAGUUUGCGUUUGAUGUGGAUCUUUCCACUAUGGAGUGUGGACUCAACUCGGCCCUGUACUUUGUUGCCAUGGAGGAAGACGGUGGCAUGAAGAGCUACUCUAGCAACAAGGCUGGUGCCAAGUAUGGAACCGGUUACUGUGAUGCUCAGUGUGCUCGUGAUCUCAAGUUUGUUGGAGGCAAGGCCAACGUUGAAGGGUGGAAGCCAUCAUCCAACGAUGCCAACGCUGGAGUCGGUCCAUAUGGCGCUUGCUGCUCCGAGAUUGACGUUUGGGAGUCUAAUGCCCAUGCCUUUGCAUUCACUCCUCACCCUUGCACCGACAACAAGUACCACGUCUGCCAGGACAGCAACUGUGGUGGCACAUACUCUGACGACCGAUUCGCUGGCAAAUGCGAUGCCAACGGAUGUGACAUCAACCCAUACCGUCUGGGAAACACCGACUUUUACGGCAAGGGCAAGACUGUCGACACAUCCAAAAAGUUCACCGUCGUCACCCGCUUCGAGCGUGACGCCCUGACGCAAUUCUUUGUGCAAAACAACAAGAGAAUCGACAUGCCCGUCCCAACCAUCGAGGGUCUCCCUGCAACCGGUGCCAUCACGGCAGAGUACUGCACCAACGUCUUCAACGUCUUCAACGACCGCAACCGCUUCGAGGAGGUCGGAGGAUGGUCGCAGCUGCAGCAGGCCUUGUCUCUUCCCAUGGUCCUCGUCAUGAGUAUCUGGGAUGACCACUACUCCAACAUGCUCUGGCUCGACUCGGUCUACCCUCCCGAGAAGGAGGGUACUCCAGGAGCGGCCAGGGGCGAUUGUCCGCAGGACAGUGGUGUUCCGUCUGAAGUCGAGUCGCAGCAUCCUGGCGCUACUGUCGUCUGGAGCAACAUUCGCUUCGGCCCUGUCGGGUCUACCGUUAACGUUUAAGCAGCGUUUUUGGAAGAAAGAGCCGUCAUUCCCAACAGCCCAAAACUACUUUCUUCCCUGGUCUCUCAGAUUGUACAUAUCUCCAGGUCUCAAUCUGCAAAAUCGUUUCAAUGUACUUUUGAAUACUUUGAGCGUCAUUCGUUGGUCUCGAAUGUUAGAUCGUCAUCCUAAAUAAAAACGAUUGCGGCCAAUUACUUACAUGAAAACACUUGGAGGGACUGUAGCAGAGCUGUAGGAGAAACUCAUGGGUUGGGAUCGAUCAGCUUGGCCUGAUACCACCUUGAUGAAUCCCUUGUUUUGACUGGUGGAUAAACGCCCAAGGAAGCCAAGGACGCAACUCACUUACCCUUGAGACAGUAACAUUCGGGCAAGACCUUGGUUAAUAUUCGCCGACCUACUCGGACGUCGCCGUCUAUCGCCCCCAAGGUGGGCUUUUGCCGUACACCAUCUUCUUCAAAGUUCCGCAUGUUGCAUACCUAUAAUUUGAGAAUGGAGGACCGUUUGGCAACCAAUUGAACCCAAUAAAAAGUCUUGGCGCAUGAGCU